UCUGUUUUUCCUUUGUAGUGUUUAGUUCCUGUAUUCCACCACUCUUUGAUGGAAGAGGACUAUAAUCCAAAAGUGAGCUCUUCAACAUAGAACAAGAAGCUCUUGUUGGAUAACUCUCUUCCUCCUCUUGCAGCAGCAGCACCCAGAAGAAAAGCUUGAGAAGAGAGAAGAUUACUUUUGGACCUGGCACCUUCCUGUUAAUUUUACUUCUAGUUCAGCAUGUAAAUGGUGAACCAGCAGAGAGCCAAACAGUUGUGACCGCCUAUGAGCUUCCCAUCAAUAGCAUUUAGUUUCUUUGAGUGGAAACUAACAGUUCCAUGAAGUGCAGAAUAUAUCAAAAAAUCAUUUAUUUUUAAGAACAUUAACACCGUGAAUUUUUUUAGAAACUGUAUGUGUGAUGAAAACGAAGCUUAUAUUUUAAGAGCAUUUGGCCAGAUGUUUCCCACUUAAUCUCAGAAUUUGGGGGAAAGAUUUUUCUAUAACGUUGUUUCCCCUGCCUGCCCCCGCCUCCCCCCCAUGCUUUAACUGCUCUGCUUCAAACAAUGAAUAAUUCAGCAGACUUGGGUGGAUCUGCUCAGUAUUAACCAUGGUGUUGCUCUAAAUGUUGUUGUGCAAACCUGACACACACGCUUCUGUAAUGUAAAAAUCUCGAGUUCCAUAGCACCACAACCAGAGGAAAUUUAAUGAGGUGAACGUGGUCGUGACUCUUUUUUUUUAUGUAAAUUACCUUUUUAGGUAUUUUUUUUCGUAGUGUGAGUGUAGACACAUAUUAAGAUGAGUAGCUGAGGGGGUGAACAGUGCAGUCAGCACGCAGUGCGGCUUCUCGUGCGCUGCUUCGAGACGCACUGUUGCUUCAAGAUUGGCAUAACUGCAUCCUGGAGAAGGAAGGGACUUGAAGACCAGAGUGAAAGACAGAAAAAAACAAGAGAAUUGGACUGCAGAGGCCAGACUCUUGGAUCCUGGCCAUGAGGUUUGAUGCCUCACUUUAUUGAAGGGAGACACUGGACCUAAAUGGCGCAGCAUGACUUUGUUCCUGCCUGGCUUAACUUCUCAACGCCACAGUCAACCAAGUCCCCUGCAGCCACCUUUGAGAAACAUGGAGAGCAUCUUCCCCGGGGAGAGAGCCGCUUUGGCGUGAGCCGCAGACGACACAACUCCUCUGAUGGAUUUUUCAAUAAUGGGCCUCUCAGAACUGCGGGAGAUUGCUGGCAUCAGCCCUCCCUGCUCCGCCAUGACUCUGUAGAUUCUGGGGUUUCUAAAGGAGCUCAUGUUGGGCUAUCCGGCAGUCAGCCUGGCUGGCAUGGCCCUUCGCGGGGUCAUGAUGGUAUGAACCAGCGUGGUGGAGGAGGAAGUGGAGCCCAUCGCCACUGGAAUGGCAACUUCCACUCUCGGAAAAGUUCUGCCUUUCAAGAGAAGCUGCCUGCUGAAGCCAGGGAAGAGAAGAAGGAAGAGAAGGAGAAGUUGCAGUUUGAAGAAGAAGACUUUCCAUCUUUGAAUCCAGAAGCUGGGAAACAGAAUAACCAGAGCAAACCUUUAGGGACACCUUCUGGAGUGUGGGAAAACCCUCCUAGUGCCAAGCAACCUACCAAGAUGCUGGUCAUCAAAAAGGUUUCUAAAGAGGAUCCUGCUGCCGCCUUCUCAGCUGCAUUUACAUCACCUGUUCCACAUCUGGCAAAUGGCAACAAGACUACCACCAUUGUCCCAAGUGUCUACAAAAAUCUAGUUCCUAAACCUGCAGCUCCUCCUUCCAAGCCAAGUCCAUGGAAAUCUAACCGAAGUGAACAUAAACCGGGCUCGCUCUCCUCCAACCGUGACUCUGCCUUUACCAGUCCGGUGUCCGUAACCAAACCAGCGGUACUGGCGAGUGGCUCAGUCCUCACCUCUCCCAAAGAGAGUCCUUCCAGCACCACCCCUCCCAUUGAGAUCACUUCUUCACGCUUGACAAAGCUGAUGCGCCGUCCCACCGAUAAGAAGAGCGAGUUCCUGAAGGCACUGAAAGAUGACAGGAAUGGGGAGAUCACAGAGAACAGAGAAUGUGACAAAUUGGAUGAUGUGGAGGGCAGCAGCACACCAGAACCAAAGGAAAAUUGGGAAGAGAAUUGCCACCAGAACGGCCUUUCUCUCCCUUUGAUGGAGAAGGGAGAGAAUCUCUCUCAUUCAUUGGAAGCAGAACACAGAUUAUUAAAAGAAAUGGGAUGGCAGGAGUAUCCUGAAAAUGAAGAGAACUACCUUCCCCUCACUGAGGAUGAGCUCAAAGAGUUCCAAGUUAAAUCCGAGCAGCUAAGAAGAAAUGGAUUCGGGAAGAAUGGAUUUCUUCAGGGCCGCAGCUCCAGCCUGUUCUCCCAAUGGAGAAGCACUUUUAAGACAGAGUUUGAGGACUCAGACACAGAAACUAGUAGCAGCGAAACUUCAGACGAUGAUGCCUGAAAGUGGGCACAAAAAAAAAUUUAAAAAAUGAAUAACACCAACCCAAUAAACUCAGUUCAUAGUUCAACAUGUGUUUGGGGUUGUAUAAACUAAACAGAGUUUAUUCUGUCUCCAGUCUGUUCAGUUUUUCUUUUGUUGUUGAAUACUUCUUGCACAAGGGAAAUAAUCGUAUCCCAAAGAAAAAAAGAAAUUGGCUUGUUUAGCUUUUUCUUUUGGUUUUGCCCUAAUGCUUAAUAGAAGUUUGUGCAGCUAGCAGAUUUUGACAGAAAUCCCUUCUGGGGCAAUGCACAAGUUCAGUCUUGUAAGCAGGAUACAGGGGACUGAUCUUUGCAACAACAAGCUUCUAAUAAUGCCGCCUGCAUUGCAUAAUGUUGCGCGGUAACAAUGUGCUAAAACAAUCAUUGUCAAUGACAAAAUGGCUAUUGAAGUUCUAAUUGUGUUAAAUUAAUGCUAAUAACAUGAGUUUUUUAUUUUAUUUUUUUGGCGGCUCGGGGAGCUUCAUCACUUAACCAGGCGUUUGUGGUUUUCUUUUUUUUUGGGUACAGCUGUAAAAUAUUUGGAUAUAGGAAUUGUUUGUGUUCUUCUUGCAGCCUUGAUAUUCAGGGUGGAUUGUAAAAUAUAAAUUUUUUGUGAGAUUUCAAAGAUUAAGAUUAUUUUGAUAACAUUAUUUACAGAUUUAAAAAAGUGACUAUCACAUUGAGUCUGUAUGAGGGGAAAAACUACUGCAUCAAAAAAUAACUAACUUGGAAUAAAUAUUUUGCAUCAG